AUGUCAAACGUCUUCUUCUACGAGCCCUACUACGACAUUGACCGCUUCUUCGAAGAAGCUUUCUCCGGCCCGCGUCAAUCGAGGAGAAACCACCAAGACCAACGCGAGGUCGAUGGCGCCGUAAGGUCCUUUAAACCAAGAAUGGACCUCCACGAAGAUAAAGACAAAAACCUCGUCACGGCCUCAUUCGAGUUCCCCGGCGUGACGAAGGAGGACAUCCAAAUCGAGGUGCACAACGGCAAACUCACCGUCUCAGCGGAGACGAAGCAGUCAUCCGAGCACGACGAAAACGGCUACGCCGUCAGGGAGCGCCGGUUCGGAAAGUAUUCGAGGACUUUGCAGUUACCUCAGGGUGUCAAGGACGAAGAAAUCACUGCGUCUGUUAGUAACGGUGUUUUGACUGUCACUUUCCCCAAGUCGGCACCCGAGCUAGCGCCCAAGAAGAUCACCAUUUCGUAA